AUGGAUCCUACAUUGCCUAUCUCACACAACGGCUUCGAAUACUACAAUAAUGAACUAUACGUAGUUAUUCCGCCGUAUCAUCGACACCGCCGCUUUGGUAUCCCUGAACUGCAGGCAUUUUUCAACACUUCCUCCAUUGAGGAGCAGCCUGCACAUUGGUACAGGGCUCAACUCAUUCAUUACGGCCUACAGCCGAUAACCAACAAACGCACCGCGGCAAUGCGGUUUCUAGAAGCUUUGAACCGGGAUAUACUUGAAAUACCAGAAUACAUCCGGCGCUUGGAACGCGAGCUGAAGGAGUCGAAGGAUAGGCAGAAAAAAUCAAAGGGGAAGAAUAGCCUGAAAUACAGCUGCAAGAGGAAGGCAUUAACUCUGAAGCCAUUCCGGUAG